CUAGAAGCUGGCAGAGCAGUUGCAUUAUCUGCGUUUGCUGUUGUGUCUAUUACAAAGCUCCAGGAAUGAAUUCCAGUCUUUGUUCCUGAAACAGAAACUCAGAGCAGAGCAACAAGAAGAAUGACUGCUUCUCUGGUAAAUGUGCCCCAGGGUCUGUUAACAUACAGAGAUGUGGCUGUGGAGUUCUCAGUGGAGGAAUGGGAAUGUCUCACCUAUUCUCAGAGGGAACUGUAUGGAGAUGUGAUGAUGGAGAAUUACAUUAAUCUAUUUUUCGUGGAGAAUUAUCUUAAAUGUGAGAAGGUCUUGGAUCACGGCACAAAUCAUUUCAUCCACAAGCAUGUGACUAUCCAAGAAAAGUCUUCCAAAUGUAGUGAUCCUGUCAAAAUGACUCAUGAAUCCCCCCAAGGUACACCUUCCAGAACCAAACAUAAAGAUGAGUCUGUCAGAGCAUCAAACCUAAGCAGAAAAAAAGGGGGGAAGACUGGAGGUGAACCUUGCACAUUUAAUGACUGUGUAAACAGUUUGAAUGUGUGUUCCAUCAUUAGUCAACUUGAAAGUAUCCACACAGAAGAGAAAGAUCCAGGCUCAACAGAGUAUGAAAAUCUUUUUGACUCAACACAUAACAUCAUGCUGAAACAAAGUAACAGUAGUGGAAAGAAACCACACAAUUGCAGGGAAUGUAGGAAAUGCUUCCAGAUGUACUCAAGUGUCAGUAGACAUCAGACAGCACAUACUAGAGAGACAUCCUAUAAAUGUACACACUGUAAUGAAUCCUUUCUGCAUUUGUCACAGCUGAAAAUACAUUACAAAGUUCAUCAUGGACAAUCUCCUUGCAAAUGUCAUAAAUGCUUUUAUCAUAAAUCAAGCUUCGAAAGACAUUACAGGUUCCACCGUGGUGGGAAUACUUACAAAUGCAGGGAUUGUGGCAAAUCCUUUAUCUACUACUCGCAAAUUAGAAACCAUCAGAGAAGUCAUACAGGAGAGAAACCUUACAAAUGUAGUGAAUGUGAGAAAUGCUUUCCCCAGAAAUACCAACUUAAAAUUCAUCAGAGAAUUCAUACUGGAGAGAAACCUUACAAGUGUACUGAAUGUCACAAAUGCUUUACCCAGAAAUCCGGGCUUGUUACUCAUCUGAGAAUUCAUAGAGGAGACAGACCUUACAGAUGUAUUGAAUGUGACAAAAGCUUUACUGCAAAAAGUGAUCUAAAAAGUCAUCAGAGAAUUCACGCAGGAGAGAAACCUUACAAAUGUAGUACAUGUUACAAAUGCUUUACCCACAAACGCAGUCUUAGGAUUCAUCAGAGAAUUCACACAGGAGAGAAACCUUACAAAUGUAGUGAAUGUGACAAAUGUUUUACCAACAAAGACAGUCUUAGUAUUCAUCAGAAAACUCAUACAGGAGAGAAACCUUACAAAUGUAGUGCCUGUGAGAAAUGGUUUACACAGAAGAGCAAUCUUAGAACUCAUCAAAGAAUUCACACAGAUGAAAAACCUUACAAAUGUACUGAAUGUGAAAAAUGCUUUACUAUGAAAGACAGACUUAGAAGUCAUCAGAGAACUCAUACAGGAGAGAAACCUUAUAAAUGUAGUGAAUGUGACAAAUGCUUUGCCAAGAAAUACCAACUUACAAAUCAUCAGAGAAUUCAUACAGGAGAGAAACCUUACAAAUGUACUGAAUGCGAAAAAUCCUACACUGUGAAAGGAAGUCUUAGAAGUCAUCAAAUAAUUCAUACAGGAGAGAAACCUUACAAAUGUAGUGAAUGUGACAAAUCCUUCACUAUGAAAUUCUUUCUUACAGUUCAUCAGAGAAGUCAUACAGGAGAGAAACCUUACAAGUGUAGUGAAUGUGACAAAUGGUUUACUGAGAAAGGCAGUCUUAGAAGACAUCAAAUAGUUCACACAAGAGAGAAACCUUACAAAUGUAGUGAAUGUGACAAAUCCUAUACACAAAGUGGCAGUCUUCGAAGUCAUCAAAGAAUUCAUACAGGAGAGAAACCAUACAAAUGUAGUAAAUGUGACAAAUGCUUUACCAAGAAAUCCUACCUUACACUUCAUCAAAAAAUUCAUACAGAAUUGAAACCUUACAAAUGUAGUUAAUGUGACACGUGCUUCAGCCACCAACUCCCCCUUAUAAGUCAUCAGAGAUUUCAUACAAGAAAUAAACCUUACAAAUGUAGUGAAUGUAGCAAAUGCUUUACUGAGAAGGCAGUAUCAGAAGCCAUGAAAGAGUUCAUGGAGAGGAGAAACCUUACAAAAGUAGCGAAUGUGAAAAAUGCUUUGCUGAUUAAGGCAGUUUUAGAAAUCAUCAAGGAAUUCAAGCAUGUAAAACAACUUACAAAUGCAGUACAUGUGACAAAUAUGUUACCUCGAAAUAGGAUCUUAGGAUUCAUGAAAGAAUUCAUCCAAUGGUGAAAAUUAUAUAUAUAGUAGAUGUGAAAAGUAAAAGGUUUCUGGUAAAAGCUCUGUCAGAAGACACCAGAAAUAUCAUACAGGAGAGAAACAUUACAGAUGUGGUAAGUGGGGAAAUUUCUUUACCCAGAAAUACAGUCUUAGAUAUCAUCAAAGUGUUCUUCCAGGGAGAAACACUAUGUGAUUGUUUGGACAUGCUUAGCCCAGGGAGUGCUGCUAUUAGGAUGUGAGGCCAUGUAUAAGUAGUUGUGGCCUUGUGGAGUAGUUGUGUCACUGUGGCCAUUACCUUUAGUACACUCAUCAUACCUACCUGGAAGCCACUCUUCUAUUUGCCUUCAGAACAAAAAGUAGAACUCUCCGCUCCUCCAGAACAGGUCUGGUAAGAGCCGCCAUGCUUCCUCCUUGACGAUAAUGGACUGAACCUCUGAACUUGUAAGCCAGCCCCAAUUAAAUCUUGUCCUUUGAAUGUGUUUCCUUGGUCGUGAUGUCUGUUUCAGAGCAGUAAGACCUUAGCAUACAUUGUAAGUGCUGUGAAUAUGUCAAAUGCUUUACCUGGAAAACCUAUCUCAUAAUUCAUCAGAGAAUUCAUACAGGAGAGAAACGUUACAAAUGGAAUGAAUGUGGUAAGUUCUUUAUAAGGAAAGACACUAUGAGAACUCAGCUGAAAAACCAUAAGGGAAACCUUGUAAAUCUAAUGAAUAUAACAAAUCUUUAUUUAAAAAGGUUUCUGAUGAAUUCAAAGGAAUCUUUGAAUUGUAUCAUCUGAGAAUUGAUACAGGAGAGAAAUUUUAAAAUUCUGUGAAUGUGGCAAAUCCAUUCCUGAGAAAGACAUUCUAAAAGGCAUCAAAGUAUUCAUACAGAAGAGAAACCUUACAAAUUUAGUUAAUGCCACAAAUUUUUUGCCCUGAAACCUAUUUUAGAAUUCCUCACAGAAAUCAUAUAGGAGAUAAACCUUACAAGUGAAUUGAACAAUGCAAUAUGUUAAACAGACAGGCAGUUUUAGAACUUAUCAGAAAUAAAUACGGGAGAGAAAAUCUACAAAUGGAAUGAUUGUGAACAAUUUGUUAACCAAGAAAGACCAUCUUAGAACUCAUCAGAGGAUACAUAUACAGGUGAAAACUUGUACAUGAAGUUAGUAGGACAAGUGUUUGGUGGCAGCUAAUCUCUGAGAAUACAUCAGAGAGCACAAUAAAAUGAAAUGUAUGAAGAAUAUUUGAGCCUGCAUCUGAGAACUAGGAAUGCAUUUGGAAAUCCAUAAUGGGCCCUUCUGGUCAGAGCCAGUGCCCUGAACAGAACUUGGGCAUUGGCUCUGCACUCAGCCCCACAACACUCAGAAGAAAUAGACCUUUAAGAUGGGCGUGAUCAUAGGUGAGGAGGCCACAGCAUUUGCCCCACACGAGGAAUAACAGACUGGCAGGAUCCAGAGAUGAAGGAGCCUCUCUGCCUGGCAAUGGCACAGGUUUCUCUGGUUUGAGCUGGUGCUUUGAGCUGAUCUUUGGUGAUAGGUUUGCGCCCAGACCCACAACAACUAGAGUAAGCUUGACUCCCAGGUGCUCUAACACACUCAGGAUCAUAGGAUCACAGUAUCUCAGGAGAUUCACACCAGGACUUCAGGAGGCAGCUUGACUCCAAGGAAUUUGGACACACGCAGGAUUUUUGGAUCACAGAAUCACAAAUUCAGAAGGACUCUGAAAAGUUCUGACACAACCAGAACUCAUCCAUUUCUAAUUAAAACAACUGAAAACAACCUAACAAUAAACUCAGAGCCAUGACUUUCCAAUUUGGCCCUUAACACACAAGUUUAAUCAUCUCAAAUCAGUUUUUAAUAACAGUAAUAGAAGGACUGGUUCUAAGCCGUGUAUUCUUAAUUAUGUUAUAUAGGCACAAUGCCUAUGUAAGAGUAAUACUAUUAAUUCUAAUUUUAU